GUAUUCAUAAUCUAGCUAUUUGCAAGCUAACAACGAAAUUCUUUAAGAAAUCUCAUAACCACACACAUUAGGGCAUUACAAAUAAAGACGCCACUAUUUGUUACUAUUUGUUAAAAGCCCUGGAAAUUUUACAAUGAUCCUCGAUAAGUCUUGUAUUGCACCAGCUGGACACGUCCAGUUUCUCAAGAAUCGUAGAGUUUUGCCUGUGAUACUGAGUGCUAAGCGCUUUAAUGAUAUUGUAUAUAGAUCUACAAUGGGUGCAAAUCGGGACAAACUGGCGGCAGCUGUAGAGGAUGAGAGAUAUUUGGAAUACCUCAAGAAAGGACACGAUGCACUUUCUAAACACUUCACAAAUGUCGGUGCUCACUCAUUGGAUGAGGAGAAACAAGCGAAGCUAGAUCAGGAAUUAAGAGAAGCCGAAAUCAGGGAAAAGCAAAUACGAUUGGAGGACGAACGAACACGCAAAGAGAGAAUAAUACGGGCAAAUCGCAUAUUGGAGGAACUAAAGCCAGGACAAAGGGCUCUUCAUCAUGCGUUGAUGGAAAGCGAAAUGAUUUACCAACGCAAAUACAAUGAAGCUGUCAAUCGCGAGAUACUUCAGAAUGCUGAAGACCAGCAACGCCGAGAUGAGAUUGAGUGUCCAGAAACACUUGUGCCAGCAAGUAGUCUGACUGAGGAAGAGUUGAAAGCCAAGGAGCAGGCAAAAGCCAUCGUGGUUCGUGCUCUUUUUCUCAAAGACAUCGAAGAAAGGCGUCAGCAAAAAGCAGAUGAGAAGGAACAGGAGAUCUACGAAGGCAUUGUUGAGCGCGAGCAAUACAAAUGUCUCCACGAGCAGGAACUGAAGGCUGCGAAAAAACUUGCAGAGAAAAGGCGCGAAUUUUGUCGAAAUGCUUAUCGAGAAUCAUUAAAAGAGAAGGCAGCUGUAGCAAAGUUUGAGAAAAUAUGUAAUAAGAUAGAUGAUAGAGUAAUAUGUGUGGAUAAUGCAAGGCGUCGACACUUGGACACACGCUACAAUGUUGCAGUCAACGCUAUGCGUAAUAAAAUCAUUCAGAAUCGAGAGAGACAAGCAGUGGAAGUCUGCAGGCAGCAAGAGGCCAGCAAGCAACAAAAUCGAAAGCUGCAUGAAGAGAUUGUAGACCGUUAUGAUGUUGAGGUCGAGAUGGACGAAGCACGGCGUCAAUGUCAGAUAGAGGAAUUGUCUAAGCAGCGACGUGCUUACCAGAGAAUCGAACAAAGGCAAGCGAGGGAGAAGAGGCAGAAAGAAGCUGAGAUUCGACGAUAUCAAAUUGCAGGACGGUUGAAAAAUCACGAGACGAACAAACGAUUUGCUAAUAUAGAGCAAAUACGCAAAGAUAAAGCUACGUCCGAGCUACGUAGCAUAUUGUUUGGUCAACGAGACGAGUUUCUGGAAAAGCAACGGGAAGAAAAAAUGCGUAUGGCCGAGUGCCAAGCGAAUCCUUAUCUGCAAGAGGACCUAAACUUCACCAAUGAUGCCCUGAAGUCAGCGAAAAAGGCUCGUGAAGCGGGAAGACCUAUUUAUCCAAUUGCAAAGGCUGUGGAAGUUUACAGACGCAAGAACCAGUUAGACGUAGAACCAGAAGGUCGAAUGGUGCAAAGGAGUAAACUUCGUGACUAUUGUUGGCCUGGAUACCACUCAAAAGCGGACUUGGCCUAUAGACAAUACGAGCACAACGAGGAAUGUCGCCAGAGACAAGAAUCGGAUCGGAAUCAGAUAUUCGCCAAUUGCAUUAAAAUUACAAAAAUGGCAGCUGAAGAGCAGCCAUACAAGCCGUGUGUUCCAUCUUGCCCCGUUAAAUGCUUUCAACACCGAGGCAUGCCGCCCAUAGACAGCAAUAAUUCAAUAGAUGUGUGCCGACAAGUCUGCUAUGAAGAUCAUCUACCUAUACGUCCCUGUCCAGGUUCUAUGCAGAUUAUUAAGCCAUGUAAAAUGGAUUCUCAGGCUAUUUCCAAUCGUAAUAAUGACAAUUACGACGAAUCCCUGGCAGUGAAUCGGCCCAGCAGUGCACGCAUAUCUGAUAUCGAUACAAGAGAUCAUCCUUUUAUUCAUGUUCUUUCGAAUGAUCCUCAUAAAGCCGCAUUACGGCCAUCCAAGACCUAUUGUAUAUCGCGAUCCGAUCGAGCUCGCACUUGGCGUUAAUAAUCCUUGCAAAGAAUAUGUUAUUUCAUUAAUUUGGUAAAAAUUGUAAAAAUUGAAAAUAAAUAAUUAUACUAUACCUUUU